AUGAACUACUAUGAGGCGCUCGAGGUGCCAUCAACCGCUUCAGCGGAUGUGAUCAAAGACCGAUUUUGGCUAAUAAAUGGCACCCAGUCAAAAAUAGGGGAAGCACGACUGCUUCAGAGAGACUCAAACUGGCAAGUUGCAGAUCCGGAGAAACGAUCCACGUAUGAUCUAUCCCAACGUCAGACUGGCCAAGGGAAGUUUACAUCCCUCCUUCCGUGUGGAGUCGGCUCAUGGUUGGUGCAAACAUGUUUGGCCACGAUCGCCAAGCAAGUUUCCACCUGUCGCGCUCGUGCCUGUCCGAAAGAUUGCAUUUCAAUCUGGCCUUCUGCCACUUGGUAUGAACUCUCUGCGGCCCCAGGAAUAUCAUUCUGCUCGUUUUGUUAUGAAGAGCACAUCGCAGUAACUCAGUUCGGCCAGGCAUUUAGAGAAGUGUCCGGCUUCCCACCACGGUCGAUGAAUUUUGGUUAUUGGGCACCACCCACGCAAAUUCUCUUCAAGGGAGCCCUCGAGACUGGAGAUUUGUCCUCACUUGCUGCAUAUCUCGAAGUUAGGGCUUCGAUACCUGACUGUUCGGGCGCCAGAGGGUACAUUCCAGGCCUAGAACCACGCAUGGAAUGGUUCACCCUCAAAGUGAAUCUUAACAAUUCUAAUGAUUCCUUGUCUGGUUUCAUCGUUUGUCGUGCAUGCUAUGAAGAUGUCGUGAUGGCAACUCCUCAUCAUAUCGAUUUUCGAAAACAUUUGCGCAAUCAAUUACCCGACCAGGUGUGGACCUGUGAUGUGGGUUAUGGGUGGGCUCGGUUUGUAUUCGAUCCAAUUGUUCCCGGCAACCGGGAUCUUGGGUGGAAUGCGGUUGUGACGAAGUUGUGUAGCGGGUUCAGAAAGAAAUGCUAUCGGAAGAGCGGGGAUAGCACCGACCUGUGGUGGAGGCUUCGGGAUGACCCAGACUUCAAGUCUCUUGCUGCUUGCGACCCUUGCCAUAAGAGGUUCAUUGCGCCUUCCGAUCACGUCAUGUUUGAAUCUGUAUCGCGGUCAGAGCCGCUCAUCUCGCCUUCUAACCAGGAACCCCUCCUGUCAUGCGCGAUGAGAGAUAGCCGUCCCCAAUGGGCUUGGGAGAAUGUUAGAUUCUCGGGUCUUCCUACGAGCACAUGGCGUGAUACAGCCCUUGUCGUUCUCCAUUGCGAACCCUGCACCUCCGAGGGAGAAGUUCGCAGGGAAUGGUAUCGGAUUACUUCAUCCCCAGACCUUUGCAAUAUUUGCUCAGGUUGUUACUAUACAGUUUUUUACACUCACGGAUUUGGUUCUUAUUUCUAUCGUGAUGCUGUGGACCCGGACGUCGGAGGGAUAUCACAGCGGAGAGUCUGUGAUCUAAAUCCCGACUCUCCGCGCUAUCUUCCGCUUGGCCUAAAGAUUGACGAAGCCUCUGCGUCGGCGAUAUUGAUAUUUUCCUCCAGUAUAUCCGAGAGAGGGCGGACUUGCACCCAUGCACAGGCCCUCAGCACGCCGACGAUCCCGAAAGCAGGAGAUGGUAUGGGGAUGGUGAAAGUUUCAUUGCCUGCGAGGAAUGUUAUUUCGACGUCAUUCGUAACGGCUCGUUGGCCCAACACGUGCAGCGGUGUGAUGCGCGAAGUUCAUCUCAAUACGGAUACUGCACACUAUGGUCGGGUCUCAUGAGGAGGCCGUGGGCGAAUGCUUCGCGGUGACCUGACGGAGUUCACAAACCUCUGUGAGAGUCGAGCCUGGGCUUUCAAGGAAACGGUGUUGAGGGCAAUGCAGAUGCGUCGGGAGAUUGCAGAACGGGAGCGGGGAACCCGAGAAACAAGUAAGGAGACUGAUACGAUAAAUAGGCUGUUUCAACGGUGGGAAGGUUGGUGUUGACACUUUCACUCCAUAAUGAACGUUCCAUAUCCCCCUGACCUCUAUGUAUUGCACGAAUAUACGUGCAACAGGGAUGACGUUCGCGUGUGCUCGUG